UCCAGUAGCUCGGACCCUUCCUUGUCUUGUAGUCCGCUGCGCCCUGAAGUGCAGCUUUCCCGGGCACUCUUCCUGCUUAUCGAUUAACUGGCUCCACUUCUUGGUCGCUUUCGAUGCCUGGGAUGUUCUCCGCCUCUCUCUUUACCGGUGUAAAUCCUGCCCACCUUUCUAAAACGACAGCUGCCCCCCAUCCCCACCAUCCUGCUAACGUCCCGUGAGCCUUCACCUUGGCUCUGAACUCAAACUGCCUCUUUUCUUCUGGUCACCGGUGUCUUCUAGUUUGUCUACCAGAAUUUGGGAGGCAUAGCUUAUCCCCAUCAGACCAUGAGCUCCCUUGAGACCGAAGCCGUAUUCUCCGCAGCCUUCAUAGCACGAGUAAAAGGGUGACAGAUAAGGGACAACAUGCCAACUGCCAAGCAACUAGCUGACAUUGGCUACAAGACCUUCUCCACCUCCAUGAUGCUCCUCACUGUGUAUGGGGGCUACCUCUGCAGUGCCCGAGCCUACCGCUAUUUCCAGCGGCGCAGCGCCCAGCGCCAGGCUGCAGAACAACAGAAGACCUCGGGAGUCCUGUAGAACUGGGGGGCUUUUUUUCCUUGAGCAGAGCGGCCUGAGGCGUGCUGUGGAAAGACCUCACCUGCAGUCAUUUCUGAGUCAAGAGGAUCGGGGCCUUAAUGGUUUCCAGACUCUGCUGGGAAAAAAGUGCCUGUUUUCUCUGGUACAGCCAGUUUGCAGAGGCUAUUGAAUCAUAACAGGAAUGGGAGGGUGAGGCGCACCUACAGACAUUAAAUAUUUUGCCAUGUC